UUGGAUCUACGGCAGCAGAAACGGACCUGACUCCGACUCGCUACGAAGCCCGUCGUCGUCAUCGUUCCGGCUACCGAUCCGAGCUCCGGCAACCAAUGUCAUCAGUGUACCUAUCCGUGGACGAUACAGAUCUUGACGACGCGGAGUUGUGGGCAGUUAUCGACUCCGCCGCCGCUGCCCACUCGGCCUCUAAUUCACAUGCCCGCCGUCCUAGUUCUCUGAAGCACAACCAUGCUUCGAUGCCCUCUGUCUCCCCCAUUUCCCCUACCACACGAAUAUGCAAAAACCCUAGACCGGCUUACACGGUGGAGGAGGAUGGCGGCAGUCCUUCUGCGGACGGUGAAGUCUUGGAGGAGCCGUGGGCGAGCCGGCCGCGGAAGAUGAUGAGGAUGGCGGGUGGAGGAGACCGAUUUGAUUGCGGGAAGCAGAUUGUUGCCAUUCACAGGAAUCCAGGGCGAUCGCAGGGUUAUUCGUCGUCAUCAGUGGUGCCGGAGAGGUAUGGCGUGCAAGAGAUGUAUCCGGUGAUGAGAAACCUCGAUAUGGAAGCGAACCGACGGUUGCCAAAUGAGAAUUUCGAGCAUAGCUUGUCCUUGAAGAUGCCUUCUGUGUCUCUCUUCAAGCAGUACCAGAACGCUGCAAUGGCGAUCCUAGAGAAAGGCGACUAUACGAUGAUUGCAGGACACCCCUUUAUCAAGAAAACAGGAUGGAGGAAAAUAUCGUUUUUCUUUAACCUUUCAUUUGAAAUUAAGGACAAGAAGAUAGACAUUGAUCAGAAUCGCAACGUCCAGCGUGCUGAAUUUAUUGUUAGAGCCUUCAUGCAGGGUGGGAGGUUCUCAGAUGGAUGGGGCUCAUGCGAACGUGGAGAGAAAAAAUUCACGAAACCAAAUCAUGAUAUCCCAAGCACGGCGGAAACCAGAGCUAAGAAUAAAGCAUGCCAAGACCUGCUUGGAAUUGGAGAGUACAGGCCUGGAGCUGCCACUUCUGAACGCUAAGAUUUCUGUAUCAUCCUAGGUGACUUGCAUCUUUCUUCACAGUUUCUGGUCAAGGCUGUAGAUUUCUGUGUCACUUGAAGGGCUUCGACGGCAUCCUUCUCUACAGACUUUUGGUGAAGACCACAGAAUUUACAUUGUCUACCUUGAAGAACACACAAAAGGAAGGAACAAAGAAAAAAACUGAAACAAUUCGUUUCAUCACAAAAAGAGAGAGAGAGAGAGAGAGAGAGAGAGAGAGGAUGAUCAUCAUGAUGAUGACAAUGAUGAAUGAUGUAUUUUGAAAAUCUCUGUAGGCGCCUAACUGGAAAGGUCAUUUCUUAAUCCAUUUAACAGAUCCUUUGAUGUUAUCUUUUUAGAACUGCGACGGUUAAAUGUGUUGUUCAAUUGGCAUAUGGCGUUGAAAGAAUUUGGCAAACAAAAAAGAGACUUCACACCACCAAUUUAUUUA